GAAGUGGCGGAGCCGCCGGAAGUAGCCGGAAUCCGAGCGCCGCUGACAGGGCUCGCAGGCUCUGACUGGGGCGAGGGGCGACGGGAGGAGUCGCCCGCCAUGGAGCUGGGCGAGCUGCUGUACAACAAGUCGGAGUACAUCGAGACGGCGUCCGGAAACAAAGUGAGUCGCCAGUCGGUGUUAUGUGGCAGUCAGAACAUCGUCCUCAAUGGCAAGACCAUUGUGAUGAAUGAUUGCAUUAUCCGAGGAGAUCUGGCAAACGUGAGAGUUGGACGCCAUUGUGUGGUGAAAAGUCGAAGUGUCAUAAGGCCACCAUUCAAGAAAUUCAGCAAAGGUGUUGCGUUCUUUCCUUUACAUAUCGGGGACCAUGUCUUUAUUGAGGAAGAUUGUGUGGUCAAUGCAGCUCAGAUCGGCUCUUACGUUCACGUUGGCAAGAACUGUGUGAUUGGGCGCCGAUGUGUAUUAAAGGACUGCUGCAAAAUUCUCGACAACACAGUGUUACCUCCAGAAACUGUGGUCCCCCCGUUCACCGUCUUCUCAGGCUGCCCAGGACUGUUCUCAGGGGAGCUCCCAGAAUGUACCCAGGAGCUGAUGAUUGAUGUCACCAAGAGCUACUACCAGAAGUUUUUGCCCUUGACACAAGUCUAACGUCUGUGCCUAAAGUCUUGAAUUCGCAUGAACUCUAGGAUGAACUUGGGGACUAAAUGACCAGUGAGAUGGAACAGAGCUCUUGUGUCUCUGACACCUUCCACCUCGUCUUUUUUUUUUUUUUUUUAAGAAUUUCUCAGUCCUGGAGGCUGGAGAGACAAUGCAGUAGGUAAGGUGCUUGUCACGCACGUAGCUGACCUGCGUUCAGUCCUGGCACCCUAUGUGUUCCCCCCAGCCCACUAGCAGUGAUCCCUCAGUACAGAGCCAGGAGUUAGCCCUGAGCACUGCCAGGUGUGGACCCCAGACAUACAAAACUCUUCUCAUACAAAAGUUCUUCUAGGCACCAAGACUUCAUACCAGAACAUCCUGGAGGGGAGGGGUCAUUGUCGCCAAAUCUGUGCUUAAACUUUGUCUGUUGGCCGCCAUCUAUGGCAUACAGAACCAUCUACGUGCAGCACUCUAGCUGGUUUAUUGUGUGCCUGGACCCUGCCUAGAGUAACGCUGUGUUCCGGUGCAGAGGGUUGGAUUUGGGGUGCCAUGCACAACUCACAGGGGUCAGCUCUCCUGCUGCUAACCCAUCUGGCCACAGUUUUUCAUAAUUUUUUUUUAAUUUUUCAUAAUUAAAAAAAGAGUGUUUGCAACUUUUUAGAACCCAGCUCCCUAUUUACUAAUUAAACUUGAAGGGAGGGGCGUUUCUCUUUUUCCUAAGAGAAUGCUGUGGAGCAUUCUCUUCCAGGGCUUUGAUUUUCACUAAAAGGGAGGCCUACAAUACCCAGGCUGGUUGUGCAGUCCCAGGUUCGAAUCUCUUGUGUGCAUGAGUGGGGCAGACCGUCUCACCUGCCUCAUCCCUGCGGGCAGCAGUCGAGGCCUUAUCCCACUGAGUUGCAGCAUUUGUGACCCUGGUUCCCUGACCCAAAACCAUUCACCCUACUCUGCAUUUGCCGUGAACCUCACUUUUCAGGCCAGGAUAUCUUACUUGGGCCCACUCGCCUAUGUCUGUGGGGCCUCUAAAAUUACUCUGUGGGCACAGAGCCACAAAGUCGCCAGUGGGCCAGCCCGCCGUGGCUCUGCCCUGCCUAUUGUCUUCGAAGGGAGUGUUGGAAAUGGAAGCCUGAGAAGGUGGGCCUGGCCGUGGCCGAAGGCCUGGGCUCUGCUGGGAAUCGGGUAGAACAGUUCAGCCCAGAGGGUUAGGACCUAGCAGGAGGUGUCUUCACUUACUCUCUGGUUGUGGCUUUGCAAAAGCAGCUGUAUGUAAUCAUCUCCGCUAGUUCAGUGUAACGCUUUCCUGCUUUUAAAUGUCUAUUAAAAGAUUGACAUAUGAAACCA